AUGUCGGACAUUCUGUGCCGGUGGCUCAACCAGGAGCUGCGACUGUCGAAAGCUGUCGAGCCACAGACUAUUGCCAAGGAUUUUUCCACUGGUUACUUGAUUGGGGAGGUUCUGCAUAAAUAUCAGUUGCAGAAUGAUUUCAUUUUGUUCAUAAGGAAAGACAACUCCAGUUCCAAAGUAAAUAAUUUCACCCGCCUUGAGCCUACUCUUCAUUUACUGGGGAUCUCCUUCGACAUAAACACAGUUAAGGAACUGAUUAAGGAGAAGCAAGGGGCCGCCACACGCCUCCUUUACCAACUCUACGUCUCACUUGAAAGGAAGAGGAGAUCAGAAAUCACCAGGACAAUGAUGGAAAGCAUGCAGUCAGCAGCCAAUGCAAGCCUGCACAAGAAGGAGCACGUAAUCUACUCUGAUCAACUGCACCGGGUGGUGAAACGUGGUGCAGAACUGAAGCUGCAGAAAAUUUCUAGCCACUAUGAGGCCAAAAACGAGCGACGGACCUAUACAUCUGUCAUGACCCAUCCCAUCCAGCCGAGGAGACCACACAAAGUCGAGGAAGACAAGAAAACACAGAAUAUUGACAAGCAGCCGGUAUAUCGUCAGAAGCACAACGACAUUCUGCCUUAUACCCAGGCCACUGUGGUCCAGGUACCCAAGCCACCACCUUACACUGCACAGCUCAACCUCAAGAGGAGACGACAGCAGCAGCGCAAACAACAAGCAGAGUCAGUCCAGGCUGAAAUAGCCCAGUUUGAGACAAGCAGAAAGAAACUGGUCAGUUCUGGUUUUACGCCCUCUUCAAGUGGUCAGCCUGGAGUUAUUCCCAUUAGUGGCAGCAGCUAUGACACUGAGUUACAUGGAAGUGAAAAUAAGCUGAUACUAAAGUCCAACAGCGAGUACAUAGAGGACAUCCGACAGAGGCUGGAAGAGAAUGCUGUCUCUCGUGAGCAGAGAGAGAAAAGACGAGACAGAUUCCUGGUGGAGCAGCUCAAGGCCCAUGAAGCUCAAGAGGAAGCACGGAGAGAGGAUCAGUUGGUGAAGCGUUUGACACGUCAGACUCAGCAGGAGCAGCGUUUGGCAUCUCAGCUCCUCAAGUUUCGCAUGCAGAAGGAGGUGAUCCGGCAGAACCGCCUGUUAAGAGAGAAGCAGUGCCAGCAGCGGCGAGAGCGGGACUUCCAGGAGGCUCUGGACAGGGAGGCGACUUUGGCUCAGCAGGCUAAGGUGAACCACGCAGAAGAGAUCAAAAAGGAGCUUGAAUUCCUUGACAGGAUUGCUGCUGAGCGAGCUCAGAGCAGAUACAAGAAGCACUUUAGGGGCUGCAAGGACAUUUUGGAGCAGAUAGUGGACUAUGCCACCAAGGUCGGAGAAUAUCGACUGAUCACUGCGAAUCAGAUUCCAGAUAAGCUGAUAAGAGAAUGGAAGGAAUUGCUGCUCAGUGGUCUUCCUCUCUAUGUGUCAAGCAUGGGCCAGAAGGCCGUCAAUGACUUAUCUACCUCAAUAGGUUGCAUAGAGCUUGAUAAGCAGGAGAUACUCAACAACCAGGACUAUGAUGAGUACAUUAACAUGGUCGGUGAGUGGGCCUGGCCAGAGGAAGCAGGGAGGCCCAAAUCCCCCCCGGGCAACAACACCAUUCUUGGACAUGUUGUUAUGCGUCUGCGGCACAUGGUUCAUCAACCUGUCGUGGAAGCCACCACAACCCCAUUUCCUCACUUUACUAUCAAAGCCUGUAUCCUGGGAAAGUUCUGCUCUGGCAAGUCCACCUGCCUGGCCAAGAUAGCUGAAGCCAAUGGCAUAUGUGUCUUAUCAGCUGACACACUGGUUAGGGAGGUGCUGGAGGCUUAUUAUGAACAGCAGCUGUCUACACAGGCCAUGAAGGGAGCAGCUGCAGAAAAAGAGCUGAGAAACGGAAACCCCAUUCCUGAUGAGCUGUUAGUAGAUAUUAUAGUAGGGGCAAUCAGGCAGGUUCCAGCUCAGACAGGUUGGAUCCUGGAUGGCUUUCCAGUGGAAAUCAAACAGGCCUACCUGCUAGAGAAAGCCCUGGGUGGAGCUGUGGACUUAGGGGGUGAGGUGGAGAUCAGCAGGAAGGACCUCGUUGUUGAUCCUGAUCCACCCGAACCUCUGCCCCCCCCAAACCCUGUGUUAGACCUGGUUCUGCUGCUGGAUGUCCCUGAUGAGACUGUGACGACGCGUGCAUUCAGUCAUCUUGCGCCCAAAUCUGGUGCAGAUACAAGCUCCCUUCCAACAGACACAAAUGUGUAUCUGGCACAGAUUCCACACAGGAUCACAGCUUUUCAGGACACCUGGCCAGAACUUGAGAAAUGGUUUGGUGGAAACCAAGACAUUUUGGUUUGUAUUGAUGCCAAUGGAGCAGAGGAAGAGCUUAGCGAGAAGGUGGAGUUGGUCAUUAAGCAGGUUAUGAUGCGGAUUCAUGAUGAACAACCUCAACCCCUCCCUGAUGAACCCAGCAGCCCCACAGAGUCCUCUACCAGCCUACUCAAGGAAAGAACCCGAAGUGGGACCUCGCAUCACAAAUCCAGCACCCACUCUUCCAGAGGACAUUCCAGGAUCUCAGCAGCUUCCACAGUGACACAUGAUGAAGGUCACGGAGUCCACAGGCAUCAUCAUGAAUCUGCUUCGGCCAGCCUGGCUUCAGCCAUCUAUAUCGAUAAACCUCUUCCCCCAGUAAUCUCACAGUACCUUUGCACCCACUGGGAAACAGUGUGUGAUUCAUAUGUCGGCAACAUAAAGACAGUGAUGCACCUGCUGCGCUCACAAAACACUGUUAUUACCCAUCAUCAGUUCAACCUCAGAGAGGAGUUCAAGCAUUAUCUGAGGCGUCCAGACAUGAGGCAGGAGUUAGUGUCUCAGUGGCAGAGGGCCUUCAACAGCAUAGCUGAUGAUAUGAGAGAAGAUGAGGAAACGAAAGCAGAGCUACACCUGAGACUCGAUGAACUGCGUGAACGUUUGUGGGACAUCAGUGAACAACGCAAAGAGGAGAACGAGCAGGAGAGGGCUUCUCUCAUGCAUAACGGCUGGGUGGAGGAAAAUACUGCCAUACUCAUCAACCACCAUUCUACACUCAUGCAGGUGGAGUUGGACCGCUUCCAGGAGACCCUCUGUAUUCUUAGACUCUACUAUGUGUACAUGCACAAACAUCUGGGGCUCGAGCCUCCAUCCCACUUUGUCUGUAUCCCCCUUCUGGCCAUCCAAGACGAAAAUGAUCUGGACAAUAGUGUUCCCUUCCUCUCCAAAAAUCCUGACUCCUCACAAGGGUCCAAGACACAGCCCGUGGGCAAGCCAUCCCCUGAAAAAAUCAUCUCUGACUACGAGGAGGCACACAGGACCAUCAGCAGAUUGGUCACAGGAGAAGACCAACAGGUGGAGACUAAAGAGCAGAAGGAGAAACCCCCGGAAAAGGAGAGUGCCACUGCAAGUACAAACAAAAAGGGAAAAGGAAAGCCACCAGUGAAAGAACCACCACCUCCUGAACCCGCUCACGCACCACCUCCUGAAGAAAGAAAGUGUCAUGAUCACUCAGUGAGAGACAAAAUACAUAAAGAAUAUUCAACAGCGCUGGAGCACGAGGAGAAUGCAGCGAAGGUUCGACUUGUGCUGGUGAAAGGUCGUGGUCUGGUUGUGGUGGAAAGACUGCAAAGCACGACAGAACAGGUCUUUAGCGACAUGGAGACGUGGUUAGAAGACCGCUAUCUUUCAGAAAUGAAGAGUAUUGAGCAAUUAGGCAAAGUUGUUCGCCAUCACAUUGAGGCUGGCGCUAAAUUGAAGAAUCAGCUGGUGUUGGAAUGUACUGACUUCUAUCUGAAUGGCGACUGCUACAUGGUGGCCAGCCCGACUCCCCCUCCACAUCCACCUCCUCUGGAGAAAUCCACACUGUCCACACCAACCAUCCUGCAGCUGGAGUCACUCCACCAACAUCUAUGCAACAUUGCUCCCUCAGGCCUCAUGUCCAGUUCUGAGUUUUCCAGUUUGCUCGGGGAUAUCACCUCUGUUAACAUGGGCAGAGACGUCUUGCCUGAGCGCUGGAUCAGCAUGAAUAAAAAACAGCUACUGGAGAUUGAGUCUAUGUUAGUGGACCAGUGUGACCUCAUAGACUGGCGUAGGUUUCUGCUCAGUGCUGCCCUCCCUUGGCCGUUUCCCUCCCUACAACAGCUGCUGGUUGUGCUAAAACGUUUCAAGGCAGAAGAUACAGGCAACACAGGCUAUAUCAACAGGGAACAGUACCUGCAGACGGAGUUGUGGUUUUCCAGUGAGAGUGUCCAACCUGUACCUGAGGACCCAUCUGAGCCUCUACCUUAUAACCGUCUGGCCAACUUACGCAAGUUCUUUUUCCAGUUGUUUGCGGAUCACUCUUCCUCUCCACCUCGAUUGGACUAUGGGUCCAUGCUGCAGUACUUUGCAGCCGACCCUAGCCCCCGACAGGGCUUCAUUAGAGCACUGAGCGUGGUGCUGGGACACAAUGUGGGACAACACAUCUCACUGGGUCAUCUUGUCGAGUCCAUGCCCAGUAUAGAAGGGGCUACAGAGCUCAGCCCCCCAGAACCCGACGGAGAGGGGCAGGACACACUGUUUGUAUCGAGCAGUCCAUCGUUGGAGCAGGACGUGUCCAUCCCUGCUCUCCUUUCUGUCAUCUGCCACAAAGUCACCAAGCUGAAAGACGGCAGCAAGCUUCCUCCAGGCUGCGUGAGUGAGGAGGAGCACGCUCAGCACCUGGUGGAUCUUUUCAGCGAGCACGGCUACACACCUGAGAGCUGUGUCCCCUUCUCCAUUCUGUAUCAUCAUCCUCUCAUCCAGGUCCUGAUGGAGUCCUCCAUACACCACCAGCUUGUAAACAUUCAUGGAGUGCUACUGGCCAAUCAGAGUGAAGGAGAGGCUGAAAGCUCUGGAUGA